AGCAGCAACGCGCAGGAUUACAUCGCCUCCCGCUCAAUCUUCCGUGCGUCGGUGCAAGCAGUCACUGAGGGGUUGCGUUUGUUUCUCCUUUAUUGUGAGGGCAGGGAGCCUGCUGUGAGCAUGAUGGUGAAGAAAGCCAGGAAAGCCUUUGACUUCAAGAGCUGCCUGAAGAGGAACUGGCUCCUGAUUGCCACCAUUGUGUCAGUGCUGCUAGGGAUUGGCCUGGGGGUGCUGGUCCGGGAAUAUGCCUCCCUCUCCCAGCUCCACAAGUACUACUUUGGCUUUCCAGGAGAGCUCCUGAUGAGGAUGUUGAAGCUGGUCAUCCUGCCCCUCAUCAUAUCCAGCAUGAUAACAGGUGUGGCCGCUCUGGACUCAGAGAUAUCUGGACGGAUCGGCCUACGUGCCGUCAUUUAUUACUUAUCCACCACUGUCAUCGCUGUCAUUCUGGGCAUUGCUUUGGUAAUGACUAUCAAGCCCGGGGUUUCUCAAAGUGCUGACAGCAUCGACAGGACUGGGUCCACACCCGACGUCAGCACGGUGGACGCCAUGUUGGAUCUUGUGAGGAAUAUGUUUCCUGAGAACCUUGUCCAGGCCUGUUUUCAGCAGUACAAGACGAAGCGUAAAGAGAUAGAGGUCACCAAAUCUGAAGGAAAUUCAACAGUGACGGUCACGGCUGUCAUGACAACCAUUCCACAGGAGAACAAAACUGUGGAUUACAAGGUUGUGGGACUGUACUCCGAUGGGACCAAUGUUUUGGGCCUCAUCGUCUUCUGCCUGGUGUUUGGGCUCGUCAUUGGAAAGAUGGGGGAGAAGGGGCGGAUUCUGGUGGAGUUUUUCGACGCAUUGAAUGAAGCCACCAUGAAAAUAGUGCAGAUAAUCAUGUGUUACAUGCCAGUGGGAAUACUGUUCCUAAUCGCUGCCAAGAUAAUUGAGGUGGAAGACUGGGACAUCUUCAGAAAGCUGGGGCUCUACAUGGUGACGGUGCUGAGCGGACUGGCCAUCCACUCGAUGGUAUGCCUCCCAGUCAUCUACUUUGCAUUUGUGAGGAAGAACCCCUUCACGUUCGCCUGGGGGAUGGUCCAGGCGUUGGUGACCGCCCUCAUGAUAUCGUCCAGCUCUGCAACGCUGCCAGUGACAUUCAGAUGCGCGGAGGAGAACAACAGGAUCGACAAGAGGAUCACGCGCUUCGUGCUCCCGGUGGGAGCCACCAUCAACAUGGACGGCACCGCACUUUACGAGGCAGUGGCAGCUAUAUUCAUUGCGCAGUUAAACGACUACACCCUCGACGUGGGCCAGAUAGUCACCAUCAGUAUAACAGCAACAGCAGCAAGCAUUGGAGCUGCAGGUGUUCCCAAUGCUGGGCUGGUAACCAUGGUGAUCGUCCUGACAGCAGUGGGCCUACCAGCCAAUGACGUCACUCUAAUUGUUGCUGUAGACUGGUUGCUAGAUCGUUUCCGCACCAUGAUCAACGUGUUGGGGGACGCCUACGGAGCCGGCAUAGUGCAGAAGCUCUCCAAGAAGGAGCUGGAGAGGAUGGACCUGACAUCGGACGUAGACGUUGUCAACCCAUUCGCCCUGGAGACCACCAUGGAUGACGAGGAGUGCGAGAAAAAGUCAUACGUCAACGGGGGCUUCACGGUCGACAAGAGCGACGCAAUAUCCUUUACACAGACGUCUCAGUUUUAGCUCCUGGCGUGCGGUAAGCUAAGAAACCAGCAACAUGCUGCUAUAAACGUGUGAGAUGAAGGAAACCACCAUAACAUUAGUGCCAUUACAUGGGAGGAGGUGCCAGAUGCAUUCGACCCUAACUCCAGCAAUAGCCACCAUUAGUUCUCCCCUGGCGAUUUUUCAUAGCUGUUCUUAUAACGAAGCCACUGUGCAUUUGUGCCAAAUAGAGAGGGAAAUUCAGGUUUAAUGGAUGGUACAGUAGUCAAAAUGUGUUUCUCAACAUGAGCGCUUCCAUAAUGUAUGGAAAUGGGAGAUUAAGCAAAUUAAAUUUGCAGGAAAGUUCUAAUAUCUGUGGCCUGUAAGGUGUGUUUUUAUUCAUAUGCUGUAGAAAUCACACCUUUGUUCUAGAAAGCCUGAUGGAUUAUUGAGUGUGCCUUGCGGUGUUCAGCUCUUCCCCUCAUUGCUAACGUGAAGCGUGUCUGUACUAUAGGAAGCGGUCUGGUAUCUAUAUAUCUGUUUGUCCGUCUGUCUGCCUUUGUGUCGUGUAAGAGAUACUGACUCACUUGAACCUUGCCACUGAACUGUGUUGUGUAUACUUCCUGCAACAAAGAGCAUGGACAGAAACAAUGAAAACAUAAGUAUAUUAUAAAUGAACAAUGAACAAGACUGUAUAUUAUUAUAAAUAUACUUUUUUGAGCAUCUAAAAGUUUACUUUUGGGGUACUAAAAACAGUGAUUCUCAACUGUUCUGGAGACCCAGUCCCUUUCUGUAGAGCAGACUUUACAAGAAUGGGUGCAUGCAGGAAAACGUUAAUCUUUCCAUUUUCACUUUGCAAGCUGGUUUCUGAUAGUCAUAUGUGUUACCUCCAUGUCAAUCUCUUGAGAAGCACCAUUACAUCGAACUACGGUAUGCUUAAAGAACUGGUUAACACUUUCUAUGAAUGAUCCUUCAUAAGGGUGUUAUAACUCUUUCAGAAGCAGUACACAGGGCAGCAGUGUAGCAUUAUAGGGAAGUAGACUUGUAGCCAGAGGCUAGAGGUCAGUUUCCCUAGUGCGGCCAUUGUAACCUUAAGCAAGGUACUUACCUUGAAUUGCUACACUAUAUAUCCAGCUAUUUAAAAGGAUGUUUGUAAAAAUAUAAGCUGUAUAGGUUGUUCUGGAUAAAAGCAUCUGCUAAAAGCCUGAAUGUAACACAUAAACGUUCACAAAUUCUUGUCAAAAGCCACGAAUAAAGCAUUUUGGGUGUUACUGUAUGCCUGCUGACACAGGAAGUGAUAUCAUCUUGACAUACUAAGUGACGACCAUAUGUCUUUUUGUGGUUAUUGAUCGAACAUGUAUGAAUUUCUAUGUAGUGUGUAUGAAGGUGCUAUGUAGUGCUUGUGAAGGAGUUAUGCAACUCUAAGAUCUCAAAGAAAGUUACCAUGAAGAGUAAAAUGAAACCAUACAGAAAACCGAUGUAUUCAUCUGAAAUAUCGUGCGAUGAUUAUGCAGAUAUUUUCCAUGCAUAGCUUGAUAUGAACUAGCACAUGCUUGGAAAGGUGACCAUACGCACCUGGGAAUUAAUUUUCUCCUGGUUGAACCACUAUUCCGAAACUUUCCCGGCUUACCAUACAUCUACAGAUUGAGCCAACUUGAAUGUACAGGUGAAAGGGGUCCAGUCCUCUAUUUUUUUUAAAGAAAUACUGCAUGAAUUAAUAUAAGGGACGUUUAAGAGAAUCUACAUUAACAUGCUUUACCAGUUAUUGUGUCUAUGGAAAACUGAAGUAGCAAAACAAAACAUUGUACAUUACAAUAGAGUAAAAAUAAGAUAGAAUCAUCAAAUCAGCAACCGUCAUUGUAGAUGACAUGUCAUAUACAUAAGUAUAUGAGUUGAAAUAACUUGAAUGGUCUAGUUGACUUUCCACUGGCCCAUAUGCCACACUGUGAAUGUAUUUCUGCAAGAACACUGUCACAUCGACAUUGCCUGUCUCUUACAUGACAAGCAAUAAAUUAAGGCUAGCUUCCAAAAUAAUUUGUGCACUGUAUUAUAAUUGCUCUAUGGUACUGCAGAAAGUUCCUGAAGAUUAGAAAUAUUCAUUUGAAGUGUACAGAACUGGCAAUAGAAUGAAAAAUAAAAUGUGACAAUGCAAUAAAUUCUACCCCCAGUUUUACAUUCUGUUAUCUCAUCAGUUAAUUUCUUUUUCUGCAAAACCAGGCCACGAAGACUUACUCGACCAGGCUACAUGUGCAAUUUAUGAUACCACAUCCAACCCAAUGCGAAUAGGAGCUAAAUUAAAAAAUUAACUAAAUGAUUUUUUUGAACAAGAAAUGCACUGUCAUAACAAUGAAAGGAGUUAACUGUUCAUAAUGUAUAUAAUUGCUUUAAAGGGAAAAUAAAGUGAGCAUUGUAAUUUUAUGUGCAACCGUAUGCUUUUUGAUAUGUUUUCUGCUCUGUAUACUUCAAAAGCACAUAAACUAUAUAAAUAAAUUACAAUACAUAUGCCAUGUAAGUUAAUGUUGAAACACCUAUAGGUGUAUUUAUCUGCCAAUUAAUAAAGAAAACUAAAGAUA